AUGACCGCCAUCGCCGAAAGCAAUCUAUUCAAGCCUAUUAAAGUAGGCAAUGUUGAACUUUCCAACAGACUAGUGGGACUACCCACUACUAGAUUCAGAAAUAGUCCUGAACAUGUUCCCACAGAUGCCAUGGAACAAUUGUACAUUGACAGGACCAGGGAUGCCGGUUCUUUGAUAAUUACCGAGGGAACUCUGAUUAGCCCCAAAUAUGGAGUCUACAAUGGUGCCCCAGGAUUGUGGUCCGAGGCUCAGACUGCUGGAUGGAAGAAGAUUAUCGAGGCUGUUCAUAAAAAUGGUUCGUUCGUUUCUUCUCAACUUUGGGCAUUAGGACGGGUAGCGACCCCAGAACUUUCCAAGGCCAGAAACCUGCCUCUGUACGGACCUUCUGAGAUUCAUUUUAGCGAACAAGCGAGGGAGGAAGCCGAAAAAUCUGGAGUAGAAUUGCAUGCACUCUCGACUGAAGAAGUCGAACAGCUUGUGCAGGAUUAUGUCGUUGCAGCAGAAAACGCUCUUGAAGGGGCCGGUGCCGAUAUGGUGGAAAUUCACGCUGCCAAUGGGUAUCUGCCAAAUCAGUUUAUUGAGGAGACCUCCAACCAGCGCACUGACAAGUACGGCGGUUCUAUCGAAAAUAGGUCCAGAUUUAUUAUGGAGGUUGUCGAUGCCAUUGGUGAAAGGUUUGGCUACGAGCGCGUGGGAAUCAGAUUCACACCGUGGUCUAAUUUCCAGGGUAUGCCUUCUGGAGACGACGCCCGAAUCAGUCCAAUGGUUACAUACGGAUAUUUGCUCAGCGAAUUUGAGAGAAGAGCAGCCUCAGGAAAAAGACUUGCAUAUAUCCUGACCACCGAGCCAAGGGUGGAAUGGUGGUUGGACCAGAAGGGAACUACUUCUCACCAUAACAGAUGGGUAUAUGAUAUCUGGAAGGGAGUCGUGAUUCGCUCUGGUGGGUACUUUACAGAUCCCAGUUACUCAACGCUCAUCGAACACGUGGAUGCCAAUAACCGCACUCUCAUUGGAAGCGCCAGAUCAUUCACCUCUAACCCAGACUUGCGCUCUCGCAUUCGUAAGGGACAGGAGCUUACCCCGUUUGAGAGAGAGUUCUUCUACACCCACACUAACUACGGGUACAAUACCUUUGGAGAUUACGGAGUUGAGAAAUUGGGUCCUGACUCUGAGCAGGCUUCCAGACCAUUGACGCCUCUCGCUUGA